AUGAACCCUCUGGGGGCUCGUGACUCCCCUCACCCCGAGAUCGUGGAACUCCUCACUGAGGAGACAUCGCGCGAUACUCGCCCCAGCACUACAGAACACCGAAAUCCUGCCCUCGGCGUCCCUCGUUUCAUGCGAGAGACGGCCGCAACCAUGAACCGCUCCCGUAUGGACGAGAGCCACGAGAACUCAGCCCCCGAACAGCCUUCGCGUGCGACGGCGCCCACCUCCCAGACCAAAGAAACCCUAGAGCGUCGCGCCAGCGGCCUCCCCCGAGCACACGGCAAGAACAACCUCUUCGACAGGGACUGUACAGCAGCCACUGGACAUUUCCGACGACUCUGA